AUUACUUGUUUUCUCGCCGGUUUGACGCUGCUGAAAAAAGUAGAAUUAAUAUUAUAAAUUAUAAUGAGUAUUUUCAGUGGUUUCCCGGAGUUACCUAAUCCGGAAGAAACGGCAUUUUGUAAAAUAAAUGAAGUAUAUUGUUGCGGUAAUGUUCGUUAUGGAAAUAUUUCAACAUUUACGAAUUCGACUAAGAACCAUCCAAAAAUUAACGUCACAAAGGACUUACACCAUCAUAGAUUAUCUGACGAAAAUAUAUCCAUGUACGUUGACGUUGAGGAUAAUUUGUUAAAAAAAAUAACUAGUGUUUGGUACAAACAAGGUUUCGUUGAAGCAUUGAGUGUAGCUGCCGAUCCAAAUGUGAAUAGAGAUAGCAAAACCCUCGCUAUUACAGCGUCAUAUGCAUUAAAAGUAGCGAACUUGUUCACUGCGUUAAGGUACUUUAUGCAACCGCAUUUAAAAGAUAUAGGGCCAAAGAUUGUAUCGAAAUACUCAAGGACGAGAAAUUGGGGUAGUGCUCCCGUAAAAUGCAUAGCAUGGCAUCCACAUACAACAAAAAUUGCAUUAGCAACGGCUGAUGACAAUGUAAGGGUUUACUGUUCAGAAGUUUCUUUUGUUUCAACAUUAAAAUGUAAGGCUCAAGGCCACGUCUCGUCGUUGAGUUGGAGACCAUACUCUGCCUCGGAAAUAGCCGUUGGCUGUGAACAAGGUGUAAUAGUGUGGACAGUGGACCCUAAUUCCAUGUUCACAAAGCCAUCUUCUAGCAAUGCUGUUGUUUUAAAAAGAGCCGGUCACAGUCCAGUAACAGAUGUAAGUUGGUCUCCGAAUGGUGAUCUCUUAAUUAGCUGCUGUGGAGCCGACACCUCAAUGCUGGUCUGGGAUGUUGCCAUGGAAACGGCAAUACCAUUACGUAGAGUUGCCGGGGGUGGCAUAGUAUUUGCCAGGUGGUCACUUACAGCUAACAAAAUAUUUGCAGCAACUUCAUCUAUUAUAUUCAGAGUAUGGGACACUCAGAGCUGGACACCGGAGCGGUGGUGCGCGCGCGGCUGCCGUGUGGUAGCAGCAUGCUGGGGACCAAAGGAUGUUGUGUUAUUUGCCGCUAAAGGAGAACCUAUUGUCUAUGCUCUUAAUAACACUGGUUUGAUGAAUGGAGCAAAAACCAGUAAGGCCCAGCCAGUCCUAGAUGUGACGAAGGUAGAACUGCCUUCUGGUGAUUUAGUUGGUGGACCCAUUCUUGAGAUGUGCUGGGACCCGUCUGGUCGCUACCUGGCUCUGCUAUUUGAAGAGUCACACAUAAUAGCUGUGUUCAGUACAACUCAGCUCAUGAUGCAGCUUAGUGUCACGCCUUGUUGUUUCAUCACCGGGAUCGAAAAUGAAGUGCCAUCAACGCUGGCAUUCCAACAAAACUUCACAGAUGGUGCCUGUUUAACCAUCGCCUGGUCAAGUGGAAGAAUACAACACUUCCCCAUUAUUUAUACAGAUGGUUAUUAAGUUUAAACGAGACGGAUUUUAUCGAAAGCAAUGCAACAGCCUUUAUAUUAAGAAAAAUAUGAACCACAGAAUAAGAAAGAAAAUGAAAAUGGAACGGCUUUGAGAAAUAAAAAUAAAUUUA